CGGCUAUAGAUAAUAUAUAUAUUAUCUAAAGCCGUGAUCUUAAGUCAUGUACAUAUCUUAGUCCGUGGUUACAAAAUUCAAUUUAAAAUUUAGUUUCGUAGAUCACAUUGUUGAGUAUUUUUUUUAUGAAUUUUAAAGCCAAGUAUUAUUAAAUGAUUGAAUGUGUUUAUGAAAGAAAGAAUAACAUGUUUGGCUCUAGCAGUAAGCUAGAUGUCGAAUCUACUGGCAAUUUGGCACAUAGUGCUAGUGUUAGUAGUGACAUUUCAAAUCGUACCAAAAUGGAUAUUGUAUGCAUUAUAGAUGUUGUUCAAUCUAGUAAUUUGGCACACCGUAAAAGAGCUCUAGAAGAAGUGAAACAAGCAUCUAUGAUUGUUAAUGCUAACUUAUUCAUUGUUUUGUUUGAGAAAUUAGAUUUUGGAGAAACUGCAGAGCUGGAUACAUUUUAUAAUGCAGAUGUCGCCAUUGUUGAUUUGUCAAUUCAGUUUCAACAAAGCUCAUUGUUUUAUCAUUUGGGUUUACGUGAAAGUUUUGGAAUGAAACAAAACAUCAUGUUAUAUAAUGAUCUAGACACUGAAGUUACAUUAAGACUAAAGUUGUCAUGUGGAUCAUAUACAUUUCUUUCAUAUAAAUUAGAAGAUUGUGGAACUUGCCUUACUACCAAUACUUCAUUUCAAGACGAUAAUGGUACAUCUGCUUUUGAACCUAGAGUACCAGUAACAGUAAAAUUAAAAAAUUUGUUAAAAGAUGUUGAAAUUCAAACUAAAGUUCAUAUUAAAGAAAAAUUUUUAUCAGAUUUAAGAAAAGCAAGGGAAAAUUACUCUGGUGAAGAAUUACGUAAAAAAUUGCUUAUAAUGAGGAAACGACUUGAUGAUCCACAUGUUCUUUCCGGUGAUGUAGUUCAUACUAUGUUGAUAUCAUUUAGAGAUGUACAGGACUAUGAUGCAAUGGUUCAACUUGUUGAAGACAUACAAACUAUUCCUAAUAAAAAAAAUUAUAUACAAACACCAGCAUUACGAUAUUUAUAUCCUUUUGCUUUGAACAGGCGUAAUAAACCUGGAGAUCGGAAAAAAGCAUUGGAGGUUAUUGAACUAGCAUUAAAAAAGAAAGAAAAUCAAAUACCUGAUAUGGUUUGUCUAUGUGGUCGUAUUUAUAAAGAUAAAUUUGUUGAGUCAUCAUUUGAAGACAAAACUGCCCUUGAAAAUGCUAUACAUUGGUAUCGAAAAGGAUUUGAAGUGCAACCGAAUGAAUAUGCUGGAAUUAAUUUAGCCACAUUAUUACUUGUUGCUGGAAAUGAAUUUUCCAAAUCUGAAGAACUUCAACAUAUUGGUAUGGUUUUAAAUAAUUUGAUUGGAAAGAAAGGAAGCUUAUCAUCUCUUAAUGAGUACUGGGCUGUCGCAACAUUUUUUGAAAUAAGUGUAUUAGCAGAAGACUAUGGUAAAGCAAUUCAAGCAGCUGAAUGUAUGUUUAAAUUAAAACCUUCAAUUUGGUACUUAAAGUCAACAGUAGGAAAUAUUGAACUAAUUGAUAAGUUUAGAAAAAAUAGUGAAGAAGUUGAAUAUACACUAGAAAAAGACAUAUUUAAGUUUUGGAUGGAAUAUUUUGUAGAAGCCACAAAAACAGAAAUUGAUGAUACUAUUCGUUUUCCUAUUUUAGUUUUAGAACAAUUAAAAGUAUAUAUGCCUAGUUAUGUUGUGGUAAACCUUGGUGCUGAAGAAAAAUCUAUCUUCUUAUGCAAUCAGUGUAUAAAAUGUACUAGAAAUGCUUGUAAACAAGUGCAUAAGUGGUUGUUUGUUGCUAGUAUGAUAAGGAGUGUUAGUUUAUGCAAAAUAGAUGAUCGGUGUUUAUUUUUAUAUGUUCAUGCAAAUUCUGAUGAUUUUCAAAUGUAUUUUCCAUCUUCCCAAUAUCGUCAAAGGUUUUAUGAUCUCGUAAAAAAAAUGACUGAAGGUGAAGAAGGUAUGAUGACUAACUUAGAUGAGGAUUCAACUGAGGAACAAAUUAAUUUUGAAUAUGAGCUGAAUGAUUCACAAACAAAAAAAAUUCUUGGUAAAGGAACUUAUGGUAUUGUUUAUGCAGCUCUUGAUCUCAAUACUCAAGUGCGAAUUGCAGUUAAGGAAAUACCCGAAAGAAAUUUAGGUUAUGUUCAACCACUGCAUGAAGAAAUAAAACUUCAUUCUCAACUGUAUCAUCGAAAUAUUGUUCGGUAUUUAGGAUCAAUAUCUGAGGAUGGUUUUUUUAAGAUAAUUAUGGAGCAAGUACCUGGAGGAAGUCUUUCAGCUUUGUUACGUUCAAAAUGGGGACCUUUAAAAGGAAAUGAGCCCACUAUUUCAUUUUAUACUAAACAAAUUCUUGAAGGAUUAAAAUAUUUACAUGAUCAAAAAAUUGUACACCGUGAUAUUAAAGGUGAUAAUGUCUUGGUUAAUACAUAUAGUGGUGUAGUAAAAAUAUCUGAUUUUGGAACUUCUAAACGCCUUGCUGGUUUGUGUCCUAGUACUGGAACUUUCACAGGCACAUUGCAGUAUAUGGCUCCUGAAGUAAUAGACAAAGGACAAAGAGAAUAUGGUGCCCCAGCUGAUAUAUGGUCAUUAGGGUGUACAGUAGUUGAAAUGGCAACUGGCGAACCACCGUUUACAGAACUCGGAUCAGCAGUUGCAGCUGUAUUUAAAGUUGGUUUUUAUAAAACACAUCCAGAAAUACCGGAUGAACUCAGUGACCGAGCUAGCAAUUUUAUACUUAGAUGUUUCACUGUUGAUCCAGAUAAGCGAGCUACAGCUACUGAUUUACUAGAAGAUUCAUUUAUGAAUGAGAAAAAGAAAACAUCUAAAGCAUUAAUAGCUCCUCUUGAGUUUAAUCGCAGUGUAUCUGUACCAGUAGAGAAAGGCAUAAAAACUAAUCAAGUUUCAGUUAAUCAAGAAAAUAUCAACAAAAGUCCUAGUAAACAUGUGUUGAAGGAAGACAGCUGGUUAACAAUAUCCCAACCAAAGAUCAAACAAGACCAGUUCCUUUUUUCCAUCAGCUUACCAAACAUGCAGUACUCUUACAACAGCCUCGAUGGUCAACGGUAUAAUAGGCGACAGUCCUCCGGUGCGCUGGCUUCGCCUGAAAUAGACAUGGGCACGGCGGGGAGCACCGCAGAAGCGGAACACGAUGGGUUCUACAGGCUGAAAAAAGACUCGCAGCGAAGGACCACGCUGGCUCGGGUGUUGGCCCAAGACCAGGCUACGUUGGGCAAGGUGUGGAUGCAGUUUAUUCGCCGUGAGUUUGGACAACCCAAGUUGACUAGUGAGCACCUUGAGGUGUUGAUGAAGGGUCUUCGGGAUUACAUUACGGACCAAAACAGGAAUAUCGUUGAGCGGACUAUAUACAACCUCAAGGAACAACUGAACUUCGAUACGGUCGCUGUGCAUCAACUUCACAUAUCAUUGUGCUUAUUUAAGGACGCGGCCAAGUCCGUGUUGCGGUUACAUAAUAUUAAGCCCCAUUGGAUGUUUACGCUCGACACGUUGGUGAGCAGUGCCGUUAAUGCAGUCAUUGCCGUCCUAAAGCCUGAGUUCGACGAAAAUAUCGCUGUCAAAGAUGUCAAGCCAGACGGCAGCAUCUUUACAGCCAUCACGGAUGACACAAAGACCAGCUCACCGUCGUUCUGUUCAUCAAUAAAAUCGCAUAAGACCGAUGAUAGCUGUUACAUGGAAAGUUCGCCGACGAAAAGCUGGCGUGAGAUGUUCCACAGAUUUCUGGAAGAAGUGUUGGAAUGUCAAAACGGUUUUCUGAAAAAAAUGGUUGAAGAUCAAAAGGACCUGAUGGCUUUGUUGAAAUGGACUGUUGAACAGAACGCUGCCAUUUGCAGCGAUUACUGUUGUACCUCUUGUCGGAAUUGCUGUCGCGAGUUCAGAGAUUUCAAUCAUGAAAAUAGCGCGGACGAUUGUUACAAAGAUCUAAUCAAAUGGCUUCGAGACGUCGGUAUUGACGAACACUCGAUAAAAAUAUUAGUCAACGAACAGUUUCUGUUGGACCAAAUACUACUGGACGUCACGAGAGACGAUUUAAGAGAUCUCGGGUUAAAACGGGGCGUCGAGUUGAGAUUGUGGAAAGAAAUCCAACGGCACAGGGAAAUAUCGUCUGCCGGGACAAAUACGACGUCUAUCACGCCGCGAUCUUCGUUGUUGCCGUCGACUGCUAACAACAAUAAUUAUACCUCCGAUGUACGGCAACAGUUGCAGCCAAGUCAUCGGACGAACAAUCGAAUUAAUAAUAACCUAUGACGUGAAGUAGUGUUACAUAACAACAGUUGUAGUGUGUUGUAUCACACUUUUGAAUUACCCAUCGUUGCCGUUUAUAGUUAAGUAUAAAUAUGAAUAAAUAGGUAAUGUUUUUUUCUUUUUGUAUUAUUGUUACCGAAUUUACUUAAAUAACAAAUUGAAAAAUUGUUUAUGAAAUAAUUUAUUCUAAUUUUAUUAUAUACAUAAUAAUAAUAAUAAUAAUAAUAAUAAUAUUAUAUAACCACUAUGUGCAAUGUCCUUAUAAUUAUUAUAUUAAUAAAAACAAUAUAGUAUUUUUUUGUUAUUUAAAUGUAAGUGUUAAAUCGAUACAUCUUUAAUUUGGUAAAAAACUAGAUCAUGAAUUGUCGUAUGUACUUAUGUUAACUUCAAUCAUUAUUUUAUAAUUAAUUUUAAAUUUAUCUCGUAUUAUGUUAGUUGUUCUUAAAAAAGGAAGGCUGCUAUUGUUUGCCUACUGCCUAGCUUAAAAAUAGGCUGUACUAAAACUCAACAAUUAGUGAGUACAUAAUUUAUAAAAUUUAACUUUUAACCAAAUUUAUUUGAAUUAUGUAAUAUAACUUCAAUUUGUUUAAUAAAAAUUUCAAAAACUAAUC